AUGCAGCCAUCUGAUAAAGAAGAGAAGAUUCUGAUUGAAAGAGAGUACUCAAAGCAUCUGGAGGGCAUAGAAAAGGCUCGGAUGAGAGAGAGGCACUUUGAAAUGAAGGACAGGGGAUAUAGCCUGUCCGUCGGUCUCCUUGGGGACAAGACAGACAUAGUCUCUGUGUUUCUUGGAUACAUAGAGGCCUUGGGCAUAGACAGAAGGAGUGUAUACAGCCACAUCUCUGAUGCCGUUCUUGGCGGAAACGGCUCCAUUGCAGAGAAUCUGAAGAGCAUACUGAGGCUGGGGAUAGGAGAUAAAGACUCCAUGGCAGAGGAGAUAAUAAAGACACAUAGGUAG